CUCUCUCCUUCCUUCCAGGAGUCAGAUGGUGGCUUGUAUAUCUGCAUGAACACGUUCCUGGGCUUUGGGAAGCAAUAUGUGGAAAAGCACUAUCAGAAAACAGGCCAGCGGGUCUACCUGCACCUCAAAAGAACACGGAAACCGAAGGAAGAGGACACCAACGCCAGUGCUGGGGACCCUCCAAGGAAGAAACCAACUCGCUUGGCUAUCGGUGUAGAAGGUGGAUUUGACAUCACAGAGGAAAAGUUUGAAUAUGACGAAGAUGUAAAAAUAGUAAUUUUCCCAGAGCAUUUGGAUAUUCCUCGUGAUGGGCUGGAGGGACUACCAGACAUGGUCAAAGACAGGAUUGCCAGUGCAGUCGAGGCCAUCCUGACAGCAGAUUCAGCAUCACGGAAGCAGGAGGUGCAGGCUUGGGAUGGGGAGGUUCGACGUGUUUCCAAACAUGCUUUUUCCCUGCAACAACUUCAGAACGAUGUCCGGAUCCCACCAUGUGGCUGGAAGUGCAGCAAGUGUGACAUGAGGGAGAACCUGUGGCUGAACAUGACCGACGGAGCCAUCCUCUGCGGCCGGCGCUAUUUUGAUGGCAGUGGUGGCAACAACCACGCGGUCGAGCAUUACCGGGAAACCGGCUACCCACUGGCUGUGAAACUGGGAACAAUUACUCCUGACGGGGCCGAUGUCUACUCCUAUGAUGAGGAUGACAUGGUGUUGGAUCCCAACCUGGCAGAACACCUUGCUCACUUUGGGAUUGACAUGCUCAAGAUGCAGAAGACAGACAAGACGAUGACAGAACUGGAAAUAGACAUGAACCAGCGCAUUGGGGAGUGGGAGCUCAUCCAGGAGUCUGGCGUGCAGCUCAAGCCCCUCUAUGGGCCUGGGUACACCGGUAUCCGUAACCUGGGCAACAGUUGCUACCUCAAUUCCGUGAUGCAGGUGCUGUUCAGUAUCCCAGACUUCCAGAGAAAGUAUGUGGACAAGCUGGAGAAGAUAUUCCAAAGUGCACCUUCGGACCCCACACAGGACUUCAGCACACAAGUAGCCAAACUGGGCCACGGACUGCUUUCUGGGGAGUAUUCAAAGCCAGCUUCUGCAGAUGGGGAACAGCAGCCCGAUCAAAAGGGUAUGCAAAAUGGCAUUGCUCCACGCAUGUUUAAGGCCCUCAUUGGAAAGGGGCACCCAGAAUUUUCCACCAACCGACAGCAAGACGCCCAAGAAUUCUUUCUGCACUUCAUCAACAUGGUGGAGAGGAACUGCCGAAGCUCGGAGAACCCUAAUGAGGUUUUCCGCUUUCUGGUGGAGGAGAAGCUGAAGUGCCUGGCCACAGAAAAGGUGAAAUAUACCCAGCGUGUGGACUAUAUCAUGCAGCUGCCCGUGCCCAUGGAUGCUGCACUCAACAAAGAUGAACUACUGGAAUAUGAGGAGAAGAAGCGGCAGGCAGAGGAGGAGAAGCAGCCACUGCCUGAGCUGGUGCGAGCCAAGGUGCCUUUCAGCUCCUGCCUAGAGGCCUAUGGAGCUCCAGAGCAGGUGGAUGAUUUCUGGAGCACAGCCUUGCAGGCCAAGUCUGUGGCUCUCAAAACAACACGGUUCGCCUCUUUCCCGGAUUAUCUGGUGAUCCAGAUCAAGAAAUUCACUUUUGGUCUGGACUGGGUGCCCAAAAAGCUUGAUGUCUCCAUUGAAAUGCCAGAGGAGCUGGACAUCUCUGCACUGCAAGGGACGGGGCUGCAAGAUGGAGAAGAAGAAAUGCCAGACAUCGCACCCCCACUGGUGACACCAGACGAGCCCAAAGGUAGCCUGGGGUUCUAUGGCAACGAGGACGACGACUCCUUCUGCUCCCCUCACUUCUCCUCUCCGACAUCCCCCAUGCUGGAUGAGUCGGUGAUUAUCCAGCUGGUGGAGAUGGGCUUUCCCAUGGACGCCUGCCGCAAAGCCGUGUACUACACGGGGAACAGCGGGGCUGAGGCUGCCAUGAACUGGGUCAUGUCACAUAUGGAUGAUCCAGACUUUGCUAACCCGUUGGUUCUCCCUGGAUCCAGUGGACCAGGGUCAACUAUUGCCUGCCCAGACCCUCCUUCAGAAGACAGCGUGGCCACCAUCGUCUCCAUGGGCUUCUCCCGGGACCAGGCUAUGAAAGCUCUUAGAGCCACGAACAACAGUCUGGAGCGUGCCGUGGAUUGGAUCUUUAGUCACAUCGAUGACCUUGACGCAGAAGCUGCUAUGGAUAUCUCAGAGGGGCGCUCGGCAGCCGAGUCCAUCUCCGAAUCUGUCCCUGUGGGUCCUAAAGUGCGCGAUGGGCCUGGAAAAUAUCAGCUGUUUGCCUUCAUCAGCCACAUGGGCACUUCGACUAUGUGUGGGCACUACGUUUGUCACAUCAAGAAAGAUGGCAGGUGGGUGAUCUACAACGACCAGAAAGUCUGUGCUUCUGAGAAGCCCCCCAAGGAUCUGGGCUACAUCUACUUCUACCAGCGGAUUCCCAGCUAGGACAUCCUCUCGCCGUGGGUGGUGGGGGCAGAGUGGGCUGUGAAGG